GCCGCGGCCGGAGAGAUGCUGCUGUUUCUCUUGCCGUUGGCAUGUGAGCGGAAUAUCGACCGCGUACGGACAGCCGACAACGACAUAUAGCGAGGAUGGCCAGGCUGGCAGACUAUUUCGUAGUGGUCGGGUACGAUCUCGACAAGAGAGGGAGCAGUGAGGGCCAAGGGCGGAUUCUACAGCGAUUCCCAGAGAAAGACUGGGAGGAUAACCCCUUCCCUCAGGGGAUUGAACUGUUCUGUCAGCCGAGUGGAUGGCAGCUAGUUCCUGUCGAGCUGCCCCCCUCUUUCUUCGUGGCUGUUCUCACCGACAUCAAUUCAGAGCGCCAUUACUGUGCCUGUUUCACCUUCUGGGAGACGGUGGAGACCCCUCAGUUGCAGAAGGAGCCCAGUGAGGCAGAUGAAGAUGAGACCCCAGAGCUCCUGCAGACUCCAGCCCAGCUUUACGGCCCCAAGAGCUUGGUACUGGUGUCCCGCCUGGACCACACCGAGGUGUUCAGGAACUGCCUGGCCCUCAUCUACACUGUGCACGUGGACAGCCUUAUUGUUCCCCUGGAAACGGUGAUCGGGAACCUCCUGACUUGCAUCAUUCCUAUCGCUGGAGGAUCUCAGAUAAAUGAUCCCCCAGUCUGUAGUUUAUCUGACUGGCUUCUGGGUUGUUUCCAGCCAGACCAGGAGGACAGGGAGACGAGCUUGAGGACCAUCACGCUGGGGGCGGGAGAUAGGCAGGUCAUCCAGACCCCCGUCAACGACUCGCUCCCUGUGAGUGGCUGCAGUGUGGCCCAGCUCUUCAGGCAGCUCGGUAUUGUAAAUGUUCUGUGUCUGUUCUGUGCCGCCCUGACCGAACACAAGAUCCUCUUCCUGUCCAGAAGCUACCAGCGGCUCACCGACGCCUGUCGCGCCUUGCUGGCCAUCAUGUUCCCUCUCAAAUACAGUUUCACCUAUGUGCCCAUCCUUCCCGGGAAGCUGCUGGAGGUCCUCAGCACCCCGACGCCCUUCAUCAUCGGAGUCAACUCCUCCUUCCGCUCAGAGACACAGGAACUGUUGGACGUGAUCAUCGCAGAUUUGGAUGGUGGCACCGUGACGAUCCCCGAGUGUGUCCACAUAUCUCCGCUUCCCGAGCCUCUCCUGCAGCACACACAGACGGCCCUCUCCAUGGUGCUGGAUCCGGAGCUGGAGGUGGCAGACCGGGCCUUCCCUCCCUCCUCUACACAGCCCUCUGCCCUCAAGAUCCAGGAUAAGGAGAUCCGCGCCGUCUUCCUUUGGCUUUUUGCUCAGCUGUUCCAAGGCUACCGCUGGUGUCUUCACAUCAUCCGCAUCUACCCCGAGCCUGUCAUCCGCUUCCAUAAGGCUGCUUUUCUGGGCCAGCGGACUCUGAACGAGGACGACUUCCUGGUGAAGGUUCUGGACGGCAUGGCAUUCGCGGGCUUCGUGUCGGAGAGGGGCCCGCCCUACCGGGCCACGGACCUGUUCGAUGACCUCAUUGCCAGCCAGGUGGAACGGAUCCGGACCGAGCAAGACGAUUCGCGCAAAGUGAUGAAACACAUUGGAGAGCUCGCCGAGCAGCUCUUCAAAAACGAGAAUCCAUACCCCACGGUGGCCAUGCACAAGGUGCAGAGGCCGGCGGACAGCACUCAGUCCCGCACGGGCUCCUGCCUAGCCUCCUUCCCGCUCCUGGAUGACGUGGCCGUGCAGCUGUUCAUCGACCAUGCCGCAGCUAAACUCAGCACGGCUCCGCCCGUGGUCAAGGCCGAGCUGAAGGAGAUGGUUCCCUCUGGACCCCCGCUGGCAGACAUCGUGGACAAGAACGGUAGUGUCCUCGCAAACAGCGCACGCAGGCUAGAGGUGGUCCGCAACUGUAUCAAUUACAUCUUUGACAGCAAGAUGCUGGAGGCCAAGAAGCUGAUGCCAGCAGUGUUGCGGGCGCUGAAAGGGCGUGCAGCACGUGUGUGUUUGACGCAGGAGUUGAACCAGCAUGUGCUACAGAACAGAGCUGUACUGGAUGACCAGCAGUUUGACUACAUCGUCCGCAUGAUGAACUGCACCCUGCAGGACUGCUCUCACAUGGAUGAACAUGGCAUCGCAGCGGCGCUGCUUCCUUUGGUCACUGCCUUCUGUCGGAAACUUGGCGGUGGAAUCACUCAGUUUGCCUACAGCUGUGUGCAGGAGCACAUGGUGUGGACCAACAUGCAGUUCUGGGAGGCCAUGUUUUACAGUGACGUGCAGAGCCAUAUCCGCGCCCUCUAUCUGGAGACGGGAGACAGGGAUGCGCCCAGCCCUGGAGAGGAGGGGAUGGUCGCUCCAGGGCAGCAGGGGGCACUGGAGCUGGCGUCGGAGCAGACCCGCCGGUGGCCCGCCCUGAGCAAGGAGACGCAGCAAGAGCUGGUACAGAAGGAAGAGAGCACCGUCUUCAGCCAGGCCAUCCACUACGCCAACCGCAUGAGCUACCUGCUGCUGCCCCUCGACACCACCAAGAACCGCCUGCUGCGCUCCACCGGCCUGGCUGAGGUGGAGAGCGUCAGCAACAGCUACGUCACCAACAGCAUUGCGGGCAGCAUGGCGGAGAGCUACGACACAGAGAGUGGAUUCGAGGACGCAGAGAGCUCAGACGUGGCCAACUCCGUGGUGCGCUUCAUCAACCGCUUCGUAGACAAAGUGUGUAACGAGAGUGGUGUGACCAACGAGCACCUCAAGGCUCUGCACGCCAUGAUACCAGAUAUUGUUCAGAUGCACAUUGAGACACUGGAAGCAGUCCACAGGGAGAGCAAGCGACUGCCUCCCAUUCAAAAGCCCAAACUCUUGAGGCCCACUCUGUUGCCAGGCGAGGAGUUUGUGAUGGACGGCAUGCGUGUGCACCUCAUGUCAGAUGGGCGAGAGGAGGCCACAGGCGUGAUGGGAGGCCCGCCCCUCCUGCCUGCAGAGGGUGCCAUCUUCCUCACCACCUACCGCAUCAUCUUCAAGGGAACACCCAACGAUCCUCUGGUCGGAGAGCAGGUGGUGACUCGUUCCUUCCCCAUCGCCUCCCUCACUAAGGAGAAGAAGAUCUCCGUCUCCCUCUCCAUGGACCAGUUCAUCCAGGAGGGCCUGCAGCUUCGCUCUUGCACCUUCCAGCUGAUAAAGAUAGGCUUUGACGAAGAGGUGGCGUCCGACCUGGCCGAGGUGUUCCGCAAGCACGUGCACAAGUUGCGCUACCCACAGCAUGUGCAGGGCACCUUCGCCUUCACCGUGGGCCAGUCCGCCAAGCUGGUCGAGCACAAGACCAAGGACAAGAACCAGUCCCUGAGAACUCUCUCCAAGAACCUGGUGAAGAGUGCCAAGAGGACCAUCGGCCGUCAGUAUGUGACCAGGAAGAAGUACUCUCCUCCAACCUGGGAGAACCGGAGCAGCCUGCAGUCUGAAAUGGAUGAGGAUGAGAUCUCGGUGUCUGAGGAGGUGGAGCCGAGCUCUCACACCCUGUCGUCCACCAUCCGCUCGUCCGACCGCCAGACCAUGAGCAAUGUGGUGGAGAGGGCCUGUUGCCGUGACUACCAGCGCAUGGGCCUGGGUACGCUCAGCAACAGCUUGACGCGCUCCAAGAACGAGCCGUUCCGCAUCUCCACAGUGAACCGCAUGUACACCGUGUGCAGGAGUUACCCGGGCCUGCUGAUCGUACCCCAGAGCAUCCCGGACAGCACCAUCCAGCGCAUCUCCCGCUGCUAUCGCCAGAGCCGCUUCCCUGUCAUCUGCUGGAGGAACUCGCGCACCAAGGCCGUGCUGCUGCGGUCGGCCGGCCUGCACGCCAAGGGUGUGGUGGGCUUCUUCAGGUCCCCCAAUGCCCCCAGUGCAGGGGCAUCCCAGGCGGACUCCACGAGUCUGGAGCAGGAGAAGUACCUGCAAGCCAUCAUCAGCUCCAUGCCCUUGUACAGCGAGAUCAAUGGCAGAAACACACUCAGUGGCUUCACAUCCACACAUAUGAGCACCUCAGACUCAUCAGACAAGCUGAGGCAACCUAAAAUCGGAGUACUUAUGAAGCAGGUGAUGGGAACGAAAGAUGACCUGCCUGCCACGAUCAGUCGUGGAGUUAUGGGUCAGAGGGCAAGGGUCAUCUCCCUCUCUCAACCUAGAGUUUCAGUCAAGGCCCGCGGCUCACCCAGAGGAAAGUGGGGCAGUAUCCGGGGCAGUGGGCGUCUCAGUGCCUACAAUCCGGAUGUGGGGAACCGGUUGACGGGGAAGGAGUCCCCCCAGGCCAACGGCGGGCCCUCGGAGCCCUACUUCCUCCGCCAGCAGCGUGCUUACCUCUACAUCAUCGGAGACAAGUCCCAGAUCAAGGGAGGGAAGCAGGACCCGCUCCAGCAGUGGGAGGUGGUCCCCAUCGAGGUGUGUGACGUACGGCAGGUAAAGAACAGCUUUAAGAAGCUGAUGAAGGCCUGUGUGCCCUCCUCCCUCACUUCAGACCUCAACAUGUCCUUUCACCGCUGUCUGGAGGACUCCGAAUGGAUGAACCUGCUGCACAGAGUCUUGCAGGUGUCUGUACUGGUGGUGGAGCUGUUGGCCACCGGCUCUUCUGUCAUGGUCAGCCUGGAAGAUGGCUGGGAUGUCACAACACAGGUGGUGUCGCUGGUGCAGCUGCUCUCCGACCCUUACUACCGCUCGUUCGACGGCUUCCGGCUCCUGGUGGAGAAGGAGUGGCUGUCCUUCGGUCAUCGCUUCAGCCACCGCGGGGCCCAGACGCUGGCCGGGCAGGGCAGCGGCUUCACACCCGUCUUCCUGCAGUUCCUCGACUGCGUGCACCAGAUCCAUCUCCAGUUCCCCAUGGAGUUUGAGUUUAGUCAGUACUACCUGAAGUUCCUGGCAUAUCACUACGUGUCCAACCGCUUCCGAACCUUUCUGCUGGACUCUGACUACGAGCGCAUCGAGCUGGGGGUCUUGUAUGAGGAGAAAGGGGAGAGGAAGACCCCCCAGGUCUGUAAGUCUGUGUGGGACUAUAUCGACCGUCUGCACAAGAAGACCCCCGUCUUCUAUAACUACAUGUACUCUCCUGAGGAAGAAGAGGUCCUAAAGCCCUACACCUUCAUCUCCAACCUGAAGGUGUGGGACUUCUACACAGAGGAGGUUCUGUCGGAGGGGCCGUCCUACGAUUGGGAGCUGGUGCGGGGGCAGCCCGAGGGGCCCGGCGAAGAGGUGGCGCCGGCCGCUGAGAGGCCCGAGACGGCGGCACCCAAAUCGCAGCGGCGCGUGGUCUGGCCCUGCUACGACAGCCUGAGCAAAGUGCUGCCAGACGCCAUCACCAAGCUGCUGCAGGAUGUCCAGACGCUUGAGGCAGAGCUAGGACAUGUCUCUGAGAAGUGGAAGGAUAGCUGGGACAAGAUCAAGCACAUCCAGCGUACCGAGACCAAACUGGAGAGCCGGCCCUCAUUCUCCAGCUCCCUCCUGAUGUCCUCCAACCUAGUCCACCAGAGGCGCUCUCAGGGCGUGUACCUGCAGGAGAGGGGUGUGGGCUCCUCCAUCAACCUGGGCCUGGACUGCGAGGCCAGCGCCACCUCCACGCCCGCCACUGGCCGCCCUAGCACCAGCACGCUCUACUCCCAGUUCCAGAGCACCGAGAGCGAGAACCGGAGCUUUGAGGGAAUCCUGUACAAGAAGGGAGCACUGCUGAAACCAUGGAAACCACGCUGGUUUGUGCUGGACAAGACAAAACACCAGUUGAGAUACUACGAGACAAGGCAGGACAAAGAAUUCAAGGGGGUCAUUGAACUGGCCGAGGUGGAGUCCGUCAUUCCAGGCACCCCCACCAUGGGAGCGCCCAAAACCAUUGAGGAGAAAGCCUUCUUUGAUCUCAAGACAACCAAACGGAUGUACAACUUCUGUGCAACGGACAGCCAGAAUGCACAACUGUGGAUGGACAGUAUUCAGAGUUGCCUAUCUGAUGCAUAAAGGGGGGAGGGCCUCCGUGGACCAUAGACUUUAUUGUGAUUGGAAGGGUGCCUCCUGGGCUUCCUGACAGACAAGGCUCUCAGCCAGUGACAGGGCUCCACCAGAGGUAGGGGUGGAGGUGACGAAUGGGGUCAGCCUCUGUUGACAGUAGGUGGUAUUGAUCUUUUUUUUUUUAAAAAAAAGUGGCACCUCACCCCAUUUCAGUGUUUUUGUUUAAAAAGGUAUUUAAAAAGCAGGAAAAAAUUACAAAUCCUUACAAAGACAUUGAUCCUUAGCUUCAUGGCAUAUGUAGUCAAACCACUAGACAGCCCCCUUCUCAGAAGCAAGGCACGAUUCUUGGGUCUCUAUUCUUCAGGUCUUAAGGUCCACGUGUCCCCUUACAAGUGAAGUAUGAAGGACUUGCAUGAACAACUAUAGCUCCACUCCCUUCUACCCUCCUGCUCUGUAAUGCUGCCAACUGCCCCAGAGUUGACUCAUGGUACCUUUUAAUACCAUUACAGCUCUGCACUGUCACCAAGUCACUAUUCUAGGUUCAGAAUACUGAGCUGCAAGUUAGGCCUUGUUCAGCACACACUCACUGCCCUGACAUCUAAUUGGUUGGUGGUUCUUCCCUCUCUGACUGAUUAGACUGGUCCCACUCUUCAUCGUAAUGAUGCAUUUUGGAAAACUCCGCACCAAAGGCUGGUGGAAGCAUGCAAAAGCUGGGUGUUCUUUCAACGGUUCAUGAAGGAUCUUUUCAGUUAACUUUUCAUGUACAUAAAUAAAAAUAAAAUAUUGAUCCUUGCCAUCCAUUUCUGACUUUAGAUAUACUGUAAUAAUCACUUAUCCUCAUGAUCGGUUAACCAAAAUGCCAUUGGGAGAUUACCUUCGGAUUAGCUUGUUUACAAACAAAACAAUACAAUGUUCUUUUUUUGUUUUCUGUUUUCUGCAACAGAAAUAAUAAAAACCACUAUCGAUACAGAAUUUUAGGCAUGCUGAAGGAAAGGGUUUUUUUUGUUUGUUUGUUUGUUUUUCGGGGGGGGGGUUUUAUGCACAGAAUGAUGAAAGCAUGAUUGUUUUUAAAUGAGAAGAUGCAGAUGAACAGGGGGACAGUGGAUGGAGGGGUGUCUUGGAAACAAGAGAAGUUCAAGUGUCUGUCCAGACCUGCCAAGGGCCUGGGAACUAGCCGAGUUAAUGCCUGAUGCCCGAUUACAUCUGCCACAGUGAAGCAGAUCAAACAACUAGUUAGGAAGUACUCUGCCUGGUAGCCAUAUUUCAGUGGUUUCAUUUGGUUAUGAUGUACUGCACUUAACAUAUCUAUUGAACGUUUUUCAGUGUGUUCUCACAGAAGUACUUGUUAAGGUUUUGGGGGUGGAUUUUGGAUCAGUCUGCCAACCUAUGCUAAACAAUGUGUUAACUUUGUGUAAGCUCCAGGUAAGCGUGGCUUGCUGUUUUGAGGCUCACCGUCAUGCACAGCCAGUGUCUGGUCAGAACCAGUGUUUUAGCUAGCCUGUUACUUUCUGUUUUGAAUCUUGUACAUAGAGGAGUUUGUCUGUAUUAUUCCAUUAGAGAGAGUCUAUUUAGCUGGACUUGGUGAGGAUGCAAAGAAAAGUCUCGCUUCCUAUUUUGUUUGCCCCUCCCAGUUUUCUGUUUGUUUUUUUUUUUUAUCCCAGAUUCAAAAACUAAUACACACAUACAGUGUAAAAUAGGGUAAUACCGCUGUCUUGUUGAACAUUAAAAUUUGAAUUGUAGAUUUUUGUCCUGAUGAUAACUCCCUUUGUAUAUAAUAUUCAGAUUUCUAUGUUUGUUAGUAAUUUAUUUAACUUUGUCUCCUGAAUAUUAGUCCUUAAAAAAAAAAACACCACCACUUAACUUUUUAAUUAGAAUCUCCAAUAUGUGCCAUGGUUUAUUUCUGUAUUAACAUAAUUUUUUAAGAUAUGACAAAUAAAUCCUCAGUGUUUUUUUUCCUAACAAGGUGGUCCUCUGCCAGUCCGAGUCCUUUGGGUGUGGAGAAGUAUAUCGUUUCCUGGGACUGAGUGGUUUUGCAUGUUGUCACUUAGAGAGCCCAGUCACUCAUAGGCAAACCGCAGCCCUAACGCACUCUUGUUGCAGUAGAUAAUAUCCAGCUUCCAGAAUAUCCCUGACAAUAAUACUGUAUAAUCUUUUUAUUAUUUAUUUUCAUGUUCCUUUUUUUUUUUUUUUUUUUUUUCUCCUUUCUUCUGAGCCAGGUUCUGUUGUCAAUCAUGUAAUAUAUUUUUUAGGAUUAAAACAAAAUCACUGUGGGUUUCA